GUGAUGGAUACGAGUGGUGGCCCGGGCGGCGUGGUACAACAGCUCCAGCAACUCCUGCCACAACCCAUGUCGGUGGCCGCCGCAGGACUGAUCGUACAGAACCAGUUUGGCCAGCAGGCAGUGAUUCCAGUAUCCUCCGCGAUGCCCAACCCGUCCCUCACCUUCUCCCAGCAAGACCUCCAGCAGCUGCUGCUACAGUCACAGCAACAGCUACAACAACAACAACAACAACAACAACCACAGCAACAGCAGCAACAACAACAACCCCAACAACCGACCGUAUCGCUACAGCAAACACAGAAGCUUGUGACAACCUCGGCCGCUGGCACCAUCAACAGCACGCUGUUGUCGCAGCAACAACAGCCUCAACAACCACAGCUACAACAGCACCCGCAGCUGGCCCAGCAUCUGUUUGACCUUGGCCUUGGGAAAGAGCUGAGGCCUUUGCUGGUGGCGGGCAACUCGCCCUCAGCCCUGUCUGCCAGCUCCCCUCUCAAGACCUCCACCUCCACCUCUGUGGCCACCCCUCCCACCAUCUCCUCGGCCUCGCUCAGCCCCCCCGCCGCCCCUCCCCCGGCCUUGACCUUGGGCCAGGCCCUCCAGGGGGCGCCCACGAUCUCCAUGAUUCAGGGCGGCCAGCUGCAGCAGUUCUUAUUGGUCAGCCCCUCCCAGCUGGGACAGCUGGCCCAGUCGCAGCCCCAGCUCCUUGUAGCCAAUCAGACAGCCAACCUGCCGCUGCUGUCCAGCAACAACCUGGCCGUCCUGGCGCCCCAGCUGUCCAGCCUCCCGGUCUCUGCCGCAGCCUCCUCGCUACCACCGUCCCAACAACAACAGCAACAACAACAGCAGCAGCAGCAGCAGCAACACAACCAGACCCUGUCCCCGCUGAGGUCCCCCGAGUCGAAUGUGUCCCCGCCGUCCUCCCCGCAGGAAAGUCCUCGCGGCCCCUCCCCCGUCCUCAUCAACUCGGAGAUCAUGCAGGUUUCACACAGGGUGACGUGGGCCUGGCUAUGGGCAAGCUCUAUGGCAACGACUUCAGCCAGACGACCAUCUCCAGGUUUGAGGCCCUCAACCUCAGCUUCAAGAACAUGUGCAAGCUCAAACCACUGCUACAUAAGUGGCUGCAGGAUGCUGAUGCCAUGUCUCGCACGUCCACUCCGCUGUCGCCAGGGGGCGUAGCCGGUGAGGGUCUGGGCCGCCGCAGGAAGAAGAGGACUAGCAUCGACACUUCCAUACGGGUGGCCUUGGAGAAAAGCUUCCUGGGUAACCCCAAGCCAACGUCGGACGACAUCACUCUGAUCGCAGACUCGCUCAACAUGGAGAAGGAGGUGAUCCGGGUUUGGUUUUGCAACCGUCGUCAGAAGGAGAAGCGCAUCAACCCUCCCAGCUCGAGCUUCAGCCACUCGCAGCACCUCCACCUGGUGGGAAGCUCCACCCCGACAUCGGGCCUGAGCUCGCUCCCCGCCCCCGGCUCGGCGACGGACACCGCUCGCCUGGACUCGUCAUCAUUAUCGGCCCGGGGCCACGGCGGCGGCGGGCUGGGAGCGGGAGCCGGCGGGAUCCUCCUGGCCUCCACGCAGCAAGAGCAGCUGCAGGAGCUGCUGAAACAGCACCAGCAGCAACAGCAGCAGCAGCAGAAGCUGCACCUCCAACAGCAACAACAGCAUCAGCAGCAGCAACAGAUGGUGGUGGAUCAGAAAGUGGGUCACCACCACAACGUCUCGCCGCCCUCCUCCCCGUCCCCCUACACGGCCACGGAGCUGAACAUCAUCGUAACCUCCAUCAACAACAACAACAGCACGGGCAACAACCAAGGCGGCCCGGCCGCUGACGGCCUCCUGUCUGUGACCGACGCGACCUCCUCCUCCUCCGCCAUCGGUUUACAGUCGGCUUCCGCUGCCGCUACGAUCUCCAACGGCAGUCUCCUCUUCUCCACCUCUCUCCUCGCGGCGGGAUCAGAACCUCUGGGAUCCGCCUCCGAUGGCAACAACUCCCCCCCUCCCCCUCCACUACCACAACCAGCCUCCUCGGACCUCAGUGGCCUCAUCGGGGCGAAAUCUAUGACCUUCACCCUGCCCAAAUCGGAACCGUCGGUGGCGGCGGGGAUGGUCUCUGUACCCUCCAACUCCAACCCUUCAGCUCUGGCCCAGUCGUUAAGGUUUUGCCCCGUGACAUCGUCCUUGUUCAAAACCAGCAGCACUCCAACGUCCAAUGGGGCAGCUUUUUAGAGAACUCGCGCGCGGCGCAAGUUUAACGCUUUGGAGUCACACAGACUGCACUACAAAAUACCCCCGUCUGGUCACCCAGCCAGGAGUACAAAAUACCCCCGUCUGGUCACCCAGCCAGGAGUACAGAAUACCCCAUCUGG